UUUCUCUGUGCCUGUGUGCUUCUUCCCACAUGCAGUAAGAUUAUAAGAAACAAGAGAAAGAUAGCAGUAAAUAGUUGGUCUUUCUUUUUCAAACUCUCCCCUUUUUCUUUCUUUGUUUUUGCGUUUGCCAUUUAUUCUAGUUUCUUAUCUUAUUAUCCAACAACGACAAUGACUACUUCGCCAAGACUAUUGACCAAGUUCACCAACAUCUUUGGACGCAAGGACGAAAGUAGUCCGAGCAGCAGCAGCGAAGACGACGAUGAAGAGAUGCGGGACUCUGUGUUUUCGGAAAUCUCGUCCGUCCGCGCAAACCCAAACACGCCGCCGCCGCUUCGUACAGUCCAGAUCGACCAGACCUUUGGUGAGAAGGACAAACAGGCCGUGGAUGAAGCAUUCGACCAGCUCAUGAAAGAAUAUGCGCUGUCAUCAACCAUCAGACCAUCGCUGACCCAGCUCACGACCCAGCAAAAGUCCAUCAUGCUGAUGCAGUCGUCGAAAAAGCCAAACAGCAAGAAGCACAGCAUUGGCAGUAGUGGCAGCAACGGCAGCAGCAGCAUACUCGGUGGUGGUGGUGGUAGUAGUAGUGGCAGUAGUGGCGGUGGAAACGGCACCUUUGGUACCACAAGCAAGUCAUCCAACCUGCUGUCAUUCAAGCCAUCAACCUACUCGCGGAGGAAGAGUGUACGGGACGUGUUUGCGGAUAACCCGGAAUACUUUUGCCGAGCGCUCCGCUCCACACCCACCGAGGAUGAUCUCGUGCACCUCCGGAUCCAUUUGCGGAGCAGCGUAGUCAGCUGGACCGACGCAUUCCUCGCGCUCGACGGCUACGAGGCGCUCACACAUGCACUGGGUGAAUCCAAAAAGAACAUAAAAAAACAAAGCGACAAAAAGAUCGAGCUGCUGUGUCGCUGUUUCAAGACCAUCAUGAUCCACGAAAACACCGGUAUCGAAAAGGUGCUGACCCAGCCUGAAGCACUGGGGCACGUGCGUGAUAUUUUGUUUGGACCCUCGGACGUCAAGGUCAAGGCACUGUAUUUGCUCGACGUGCAGACAAGACAGCAGUUGCUCGGUGUGCUGUGCACAUUGCCGAGUAUCCAGGUGACGACGCAAGAGGGUCAAUAUAUCCAUGGAUACGAUGUGUUACGGCAGUUGCUGCGAGACAAGCCCGAGGAUUUCGUGGAGGAGCCCAAGAGGCACAGUCUGUUCCCCAUGUCGCUCAAGGCAGAUACAGAGACCAUGAUGCAAAAAAUAUCAAACGGUGAGACUGGCCGGCCGCGUUACACUGCGUGGAUGCGUGAGCUUCAACUGACCGUCGACCGACAUAUCGAACCAAUGACCUAUCUGUCCCAAGUGCUCGACUACAACUUUGAGAGCGCGUACCGUCAGCUGAGGGCAAAUCAACACAUACAACAACAACAGCAAGAUGGUACACCCUCACAGUCACCGCUACGCCAAACUACACAAGAAGUCGUCAUGGUGGAUGAAGGCGUGGUCGACUACCUCAUCACCAACCUCCGGUUGAUCUGCACGCUUGUGACGACACCUGCAACAACGUUCAGCGGCACGUACGACAAGUACGAGCAAGAAAAGAUGCGCAUGGAAAUCAUGUUAUCCGGCUUCAAGAAAAUCACACAUGCCCUCUCGGUAUGCCCUCAUCCCACCCUGCAUGCCUCGUAUAUCCGUUAUUUGCAGCCGCUACUGCAACCAUGGGCUGACCUUUUUGAAAUGGAGUUGAUGGAUGAUCAUAGCGACGAUAUGUGGGAAGAUGUUAUCUAGAAUGCCUUUAUACCCAGUUGUCGAGGCAUGAAGGGGGCGCGCGUGUAGUGUAAAUCUAAACGAGAAGUUUAUAGUAUAUAUGUUAAUAAAUCUGUAAUAUUUUUUUUUUUUACAUGGCGG